CUUCGCCAUAUAUACUCCCUUUGACGUCCCCUUUAAAGGCCGAUACAACCACCACCGCCACCACAACACCACCAGUCAUGGAGAUGAUAGAGAGGAUCCUGUCCAAACCCGUCGCCAAACCCUACCGUUCUCGAAAGAUCGACCCCACCAUACAGCCAUAUCUGAACAGGUUCGGCCAGGUAGACUUUGCCCCCGGCGAUAUCGAAAACCCCAAAGAAUGGUCGACCGUCCGCCGAUGGUACUGCACGCUCGUGGGCGUCGUGCUGGUGUGCAAUGCCACAUUUGCUUCGUCCAGCCCCUCGGGGUCUCUGCGCGGCAUUGCUAGAGAGUUCCACGUGUCCGAGGUCGCAGCCGGGCUCGUCAUCACCCUCUUUCUGCUUGGAUACGUGGCGGGGCCCCUGAUAUUUGCUCCCUUGUCCGAGUUCUACGGACGGAGAUACGUCUUCUACGUGACGUUCACCCUCUAUGUGGUGUUCAACUUCCUCUGCGCCUUUGCGCCCAACUUUGCCUCCUUACUCAUUGGACGUUUGUUGACCGGCACAUUCGCGAGCGCCCCUUUGACCAACGCUCCUGGAGUGCUUGCCGAUGUCUGGGGUCCGGUCGAACGUGGGAACGCAAUGGCGAUAUUCAGCAUGAUGACCUUCAUCGGCCCUGCCAUCGGGCCUGUGAUUUCCGGGUUCCUCGAGCUCAAGGAAGAUUGGAGAUGGUCGUUCUACGUGCUGCUAUGGCUGGGAGGGGCGACGGAAUUGCUGAUGUUCACCAUCCCCGAAACAUACCCCCCGCUCGUCCUGAUCAACAAGGCCCGUCGACUGAGGGCCACCGGAAUUCCCGAAUACCAAGAGCUGCAAGCCCCCGCUGAAGCGGAGGGGCGACGACUGGCCGAUAUGUUCAAGGUCGCAUUGGUCCGACCCUGGCAGAUCCUCUUCGACACGAUCUCGAUGCUGAUCGCCGUCUACAUCUCGGUGGUCUAUCUGCUCCUCUACAUGCUCUUCACAAUCUAUCCCAUUGUGUUCCAGGAGAAGCGAGGAUGGAACUCUGGCGUGGGCGAGCUACCUCUGGUCGGAACGGUUAUCGGAGCAUGCAUCGGCGGAAGCAUCAUUUUCUACGUCUCGUCGCGGGACAAGAAACGAAUGCUGGCUGGGGUACCGCGCAAACCCGAGGACCGAUUGCCAGUCGCGAUGAUAGGCGGCAUCAUGUUUGCCGUGACGAUGUUUUGGUUUGCCUGGACCGCCAACUUCAACAGCAUCCACUGGAUCGUCCCCACCAUCGCCGGCACGUUCUUGUCGACUUCCAUCCUCCUCAUCUUCGUCGCGUACCUCAACUACCUCACCGACACUUACCUGAUGUACACGGCCAGCGCAAUGGCCGCCAACACCAUCUGUCGCUCGGCUUGUGGAGCCGCUGCACCCCUUUUCACGAAUCAAAUGUUCACCGCGCUAGGAGUUGGCGGCGGCGGCUCGCUGAUCGCGGGCGUUGCCUGCCUCCUCGCACCGAUUCCUUUCAUCUUCUACAAGUACGGCGCGCGAAUCCGACAACGGAGUCGCUUCGCUCCCACCGACCCCCCUCAACCCCGAGACGAGGAAAGUCAGGACGAAAAGCCUAAAGAGCCCAUUGACGUGGAAACCCCGUCAAGUUCGAGCUCCGCCUCAUCGAUCGCCAGUCUCCGUUCGGGGACAUCUUCACCACUCGGUGCCGAGUCCUCGGCGGCUGUCAUCGAGGAAAAGACGGGUGACUCAGAAGCAGAACCUCGCCACGAGCCCGGAGAGGGAGCCGGCGACAAGAAGGAGUUUGCUUGAGCCGGAUUUCUCUUGUUGCGACUCUGAUGGACAAGCUGGAGUUUGUUGGCCUGGCCUGAUUCGUGGGAUACUGGUAUUCGGAUAGAACUCGCCUCCCUUAAGUCCGCAAACGAGGCGCUGGGCCAUGUGGGAUUUUGAUUUUCACCGACUCCACCUCGAAAUUGAAUUCGGAUCAUUCCGACAACUCCGUCAGGAAAAUGCCUACGGGGGUUGUGAUUUGUGGCGCAACGCUGGGACAGUGGUGACUGUGACUCAUAGAGGAUGGAUGGAUGGAUGGAUGGAUUUAAGGAUUGGUUUUAUGAAUCACCGCACUUUGUACACAACUAUUGGGGCAGGUUUUAUCCAGCGUUUCGAAUUCUCUUUUUUGGGGGGGUUCUUGCGCUACGACGCUACAUGCAUGGCGAUGGCGCAAUCAGAAGCAGUUUUUCGUGUCUUUGAGCGAAUGUGGCUACACUGACGAUGAUGAUGGAAUGGACUUUUUCGGGCAAAAAAAAGUAUCCUUGUCAGGAGGGAACCAACCCUCUUCCCAUCCAGGUCCGAUUAUCCCGUGUAUAGGUAAAUUGGGCACAUAUAUUUUGCCAUGUAUCUAGGAAGGGA